AUGAAUGCAGCCUCAAAUCCAGAAAGUGGAUCAUACUCCACAAACCACCCAAGACCCUUUUUUUAUGCACAGCCAGCACAACAGCCUUAUCCAAAUCCAUGGUACCUCAGCCAUGCAUACAGUCCAUACUGUGUGCCUGCUCCAGGCUUCCGGAGUGGCAAUCCAUAUUUGCCAUUUUAUUCUGUUGCACUCCAUGAGUACCCUGGAUUUUUUGUUCCACAGUAUCCAACGCAUGCAAGAAUGAACAGAAGGCCUUAUUUUAAUGCUGCCCCACCUUCCCCUAUGUUUUAUCAUGCAACAAGGUUUAGACACUAUAGUACCUCUGGAAGAAAAAUGGAGACAAAAGAAACACAGACUGAUUCUAGACAGCCUGAAAACAAGCAAAGAAAGGAUCAAGAUAUCCGCACAGAAACGAAAGGUUGUGAUGCAGGAAAUAUGGCCUGUGUUUCUUCUGGUAUAGGUACAGAGACUGAAAGUACUUCAGAGAAACAGGAUUCAUCUGGAUCUUCCAUUGUGGUAGACAGAGAGUUUCAUAACAAGAACCCUGCCAACUCUACGCAGUAUAGAAAACUUCCUACUGGAAGCUAUGCCUUUGAGAAGGAAGAAGUGAGGAUAGAGUAUGGAAAUGGCACUCCGGCUAUUCAGCUAUGGAAGUCCUUUAAAGAAACUAUCCCUUUGUAUGAUGUGGCAAGUGGCAAACCAGUCCCAGAGAACAUAGUGCCAUGUGACUUAUUUUCUGUUAGCUCAUGUGAAGGCAUGAUAUAUGGCCCUCCUGAAGGGGAGAAAACAGUGCCAGGAACAGCUGUAGAUGACAAAAAAGCUGUUGUUCCCUCAAUACAGGGUGCUGAAACUGUGCAACAAAAAGAUGUCCAAAAUAAUGAACUGAAGCUGGAUGCAGAAAAAACAGCAAAUACAAGUCAACAGGCAAAAUCCUCCCCAGGUGAAACCAUGGCAGUGCAAAUCACAGAGUUGGGGAGGUCUUUUGGUAUAGAUCAGCCAGUAUUAAGGCAGGAUGUGGUAAUAGCUAAGAAAUCUCGCACUAAAAAAUCUACAGGCUCAAGAACUUCUCAAGAAGAGCCCGGCUUUAUUCAAGCAGGACUGCUUCCAUCUAAUAUGGAGCUAAUGAGUGACCUGAAUUUUCAGCAGAAAAAGCUGAAUUUAAGCCAUGGUGAAACCUGUGAAAAUCAGAAAGAUAGAAGUGUUUGGUGUGGUGAAUCAAUUGAGAAGUAUAUUCCCUCUAGCAGCUGGCUGGCUUGUGUGGACAGUAUGGACACAAACUACAAUGUUUGUUUGCCACAAAGGAAGCGUCAAAGUGUACUCAGUCUUUCUUCUGAUGACAUGUCCUCUAGAGAGGAAGGCUCAUCACUUGAUAAUGCCCCAGUGUCUUAUUUUGUCCCUGACUAUGUGCUUCAGAAAAGCAUGUAUACCUUUCAGAAAAGUGUGGAGGGCUUGGAGAAAGACAAAAUUAAAGGUGGUGGGUCCCUUAAUGAAGAUGAAGUGGUAGAAAAGGAGCAGAUGAACAGCUUGAAUGACCAAGAUGUCAGCUCUUCAGCCACAAAGGUUAAAGAGGCUCCAAGUAAAGGUAAAAUGAUGGGAGCCUUUUCUAGAUCUCCUGAUAGGAAAAAAAGCAAGUCUCUCAACAAAAAGGCAGCUAACAAUUUGUCAGAAGUUGAGGACUCUGAAGAAUAUUCUGUGAAGGGAGAAGAGGAAGAUGAAGAUGGAGAGGAUGAGGAGGAUGAGGAUGAUGACAUGGAUGAAAUAGAGUAUUUCUUUCAAGAAGCCCCUCCAUAUGCGAUCUUGGCACCCAGUAAAGGAAGUUUAUACCAAGUUGGCCAGAGAGUGCUUUGGAAACCACCUAAAAAUGCUGUACCAGCACAAUUAAUUAGCUGGCCUGUUCAAGACAAAGUAAAAACUAGGAGUGGGAUUGUUGAAAAUACUGGUGUAGUUUACAAGCCAAAGGAGAAGGAACAAGAUGAAGUUGCGUACAGUGACUAUGGGUAUUAUGGAAGAAAGAGGCCUAUGACAAGAAGAGAAGGACUUGAACACCAGCGAAUGAGACGGAAAUUCUUGGGAGGGUGCCCACCUUUACUUAAACCAAAGAAAAGAAUAGGCAAGCCACCUUCCAAACGCAGAGACAGAAGAUAUGAGGUGGAAGAAGUAGAAGUGUGGGAAAUGCCAAAACACAGUACACACAAAGGGCGUGGAACAAGAAAGUCCCUCUCUAAGAGAAGAUAA